UUUAUUCGGCGCCGCCGCCAGAGGAAUGCCCUGUUUGGAGUAUGACCGAUAUCAUGUUACCCUUGAACCUGGACUGAUUAAAAUGAGUUGCGUAUUUCUGAGGAUGUGGUGUUGAAAGAUGCCAGUUUAGCAAAUAUGGAAUACUGAAUUACUGUGAGACGUCUGCUGGCUCUCUCUUCGUAGCGUAGCUUGGAGGUAGCUCGUCGAACGCUGACCUGGUUAUGGGUUUACGAUGUUCCAAACCGAUGAAAGAGAAACAGGAUUCACUCGAGAAUGACCAAAAAACCAACAACAAAUACGUGAAAAACGCGCGCGAAGGUGAAAACGUACAACCGCUGAUCCAUGUCACUACGGCUUCAACCAGCAGCGAUCAAAAUGUGAACAACGAGAACAAUGCGAGCAACACUGCAGCACCAACACAAUCAAUGAUCAUCAGAAGAAGGAACACAGAGUACAAACCACGACCCAAGUCUAUGGAUGAUUAUACCGAUACUGCUACUACAUUGGCACUCUCAAAACUACGCCAUUUAAUUUAUCAGUUAAAUGAAGGGAAAAUCAACUCAGUUUCGGAUAUGAAAGAAGAGCUUAGCCAGGCAGUGGCAAUCAUGGAUGUCGCAUCGUCGAACAUGCGAGAUUACAGAGGAUCCAUGAGCGCCAUCAGCGAUAUAGACGACGAGCUUUACACUGAUGUAGUAAGUGACGAGGUUCGUGAAUGGAUAGCAACAACGUUUGCGCGUGGACCGGGCACGUUGCGGAGGAAGAGUAUCAUGCCAAGGCACACGUUUAGGGGUGUGGUGCAUGCUGUUAAAGCCAGUCUCUACGUUAAUAAAAUAUUAAAAAAUGCUUCUGAACGAAACAAGCUUCAAGUACCAGAAGAAGUGCUGAUACAUUUCGAAAAAUUAAACGAGUGGACAUUUGAUGUGUUUUCACUGAGCGAAGCAACUGAAGGUCAUUCAUUACGAUUCAUGGGGCACGAAGUGCUCAGUAGGAUGGAUCUUUUACGAUUAUUCAAGGUGAAUGUUGGAAGCCUAGACCGUUUCUUGUUAGCUGUAGAAGAAGGCUAUCAAAAGAAUGGCAACCCAUACCACAACGAAUGUCACGCCACAGAUGUCACGCAUACUGUCUUUUACUUUCUAAGUGUGAUUGGUCUAGCGCAAUGUCUGUCAGACUUGGAAAUCUUCGCUCUUCUUCUCUCUGCCAUUAUUCAUGAUUUGGAACAUACAGGAACUACAAACGCUUUUCACAUUAAUUCAAGGUCAGAAAUGGCUUUAUUGUACAAUGAUCGCUCCGUACUUGAAAACCAUCAUCUUACCGCGGCAUUUAAACUAUUACAAGAUAAUGACCGAAAUAUUUUAGCAAAUCUAAAUGACAAUCAAUACAGUGGACUUCGGUCUCUUGUGAUCGAUAUGGUGCUAGCAACAGACAUGACGUCCCACUUCGAACAGCUAAGAACUACAAAAGUUGCUUUAGUUGGAGGAAGUCCAAUAGAAAAUAGCGAACUGCUACAGUUGAUCUUACACGUAGCGGAUAUCAGCAAUCCAACCAAAGACUGGCAAAUACACCAGCAAUGGACACAAAGAAUUAUGGAAGAAUUUUUUACUCAGGGCGAUAUGGAGAUUGAACUGGGACUCGACGUGUCCCCACUGUGUGACCGCUCCUCAACUCGUAUUCCUGAGAGUCAAGUUGGAUUUAUUGAUGUCAUAGUGUCGCCAGCCUUUGAAGUAUGCAGUGAAGCGCUGGAAGUGUUCCUGCAAGAAAACUCCACCCAGACCAAUGUCGACAUGUCACGAGUUCAACCCUGGUCAAAACCUUUGGCUAAUAAUAGAAGGAAAUGGAAGGAACAGUUCCAAGUAAUCAACAAAGAUGGUCGGACGGGGUCUACUCUUAGUGUGUGCAGUAAGAACUCCACUUCAAAUCUUCAGGACUUGAAUCAAGAUGAAUCAACACUCGGUAGACGUAGCCCUUGGGGCAGCAGAACUCACUUAACGCCUAUUAUUUCAUGACAUCUUGAAUGAUUACACCGAGCAGAAUGCCUAAUGUGGACAUUACAAUGCACGUGAGAAUGCGAUGGGAUUGCAUGCGUGCAUGAUUCAUCAUUGAAACACGCCUGGUUAAAUGCAUGGAGAUACAAGCGCUGUGUAAGAGCGUUUAGCCAGUAAAAUGUUACACCAAAGUAAACACGUAGAACACAGAAACAGCGUCACGAAGCAUGAAGCAUGACUAAAAUGUUUCAUAAGAUAAAUAACACGAUCUUCCUCCAUUCUUUACUGGGAAACUAACUCUAACUGAACAAAGUCCUGUUGCUUCAUCUCGUAAAAAGUUAAUUGUCUAAAUGACAGAGCAAAAGUAUCUUGACAUUUCAUGACGUAAAGACAAGGGUUAUUUUUGAAGGAUUUUUGACUUGUUUUUCCUGCUCAAAGAUAUUUGCUAACUCCAUCCUUAACACGUGCUCUUGGUAAAGAAUUCACUCCUUCGUGUUUUGGUCUUCCUGUGGUCUUUCUUUCACUCAUUCAGUAUACUCUUCAGUAUAUUAAGCAGGUCGGCCACGCCCCAAAGAUUUCAUGGAUAUAUAUCAGCUGAAAAACAUGAGCCAAUCAUAGUUGACUGCAUGUCUUGCACGUGUUUUGCUGCCCACAAGACUAACCAACGAUCCUCUCUCUUUUAGAUUUAUAGCUCUUCGUUUCUAGAUUAACAUUAACUUGGACAUGGUCGAUAAAGUACGUUUGGCUCAAGGCGUCAAGUGUCAAAUACAUUACGUUUAUUUUAAAAGAGAUGGCUGACAAAGCUACAGAUGGUAUAUUGAUUACGGUCACCAUAGUAUAUGUGGAAAACAUAGGGAACCCAUGAGGAGUAAAAACAAUGCUCGUAAACAGAGUAAAGGAGUCGUAAAGGAAUAUGAUAGCCAAAGAGUACAAAUAUUAAAAGCGUGCAAUACUUAAAUUACAAUAUUUAACACUAAAUAGCACUAAUCAAACAAUGGAAAACCACAGAAUUAGCAUACUUUAGCAGUAUUUAGUACUAUUUAAGGUGACGUGUUUGUACUCUAGCGCCGUUUCAUUUCAUUGGACGUUGUGUGAAAUUCUUGUAUUUUACUUUUUUACAUUUGAAAAAGUUCGCAUUGGGGAAAAAUAUUAGAAUAACAUUGAAUAAAAAAUUGAAUAAUUUUUAGAUAAUACAAAUAUAAAUAUGACGCUUAGAUGUGUUGUGUUACGCGUUGUUCUGAUUACUAAUAAAAGGGGAAAAUAAAUUUUGAUAUCGCAAAUCAAA